ACGCGCCAUCCCCGCAUCCACCAUCCCCGCAGACCCCAUCGACCCCGCAGACGCCAUCCGCCGAUCCCGCAGCCGCCAUCCCCGCCGACCCCGCAGCCCGCGCCAUUCCCGCAUCCACCAUCCCCGCAGCCACCGACCCCGCAGACCCCACCGACCCCGCAGCCUCCAUCCGCCGAUCCCGCAGCCGCCAUCCCCGCCGACCCCGCAGCCCCAUCCCCGUCCCCAAGCGCCGAAGCCCCGUCCCCGAGCGCCGACGAGCCCUCCUCGAGCGCCGACCUCGCGGCCGCGCCCAGAAAUCCGCCGCGCCCUGACCUCGCGAUCGCGCCAUCUACAUCCCCGAGCGCCAGCGCCCCAUCCCCGAGCCUGACCACGACCGCGACGGAAAUUCGCACCCGUCGUCGCCCCAGAUCAAGGAGGGGGAGGAGCCGACGGAGGCUCCUGUGGUGGCUGCGGGGGCGGUAGCGGGAGCGCCAUGAGGGGCGAUGGCCGUGGCGGCGGAGGGAGACAGCCUUCCUACGCGGCGCCGGACGGGGCGAAUGCGGUGGCGAUCCCGGUCGCCUCAAGGAAGAUGGUGCAGAGUCUCAAGAGGAUCCUGGCCGACCGCUCGGAGGGCGAGAUCUACGCCACGCUCUGCGACUGCGGAAUGGACCCUGACAUAGCCGUCGAGAGGCUCAUCUCCCAGGACCCCUGCACAACUAAGGUGGAGCCUGACAAAGCUAGAGUGGUUGCUUGCAACCGGCCUCACAGGUAUUUUGUUAUUUUGCUCAUCGAAUUCAUUGGCUGUCUGAUUUCUGCUUACCUGAUUCCUACACAGUCGAAUUCAUUAGCUGUCUGAUUUUUGCACAAUCCACUUUAUUUUGCUCAUUGAGUACAGUAGGGCAUAAGCGGAGUGAAAUAGGGUGAAUGAAAUAAAUAAAAAGGACAAGCUGUUUUGUUGUAUUAUGAGUGUGAUCCUUGGCUCCUAAUGUCUCAUCGUGCCUAAGAAAAUCAGUAAGUGCUGGGGGCAGAGGAGUUCCAGCUUGGUGCCUCUCCAUUAUGAAUUUUAAUGUAUAUUCACGUUUGAUUGUAAAUUGAUUUGUAUAAUUU